AUGGUCGAGGCGUAUGGCGGUUCUCCGGAAUGGAAACCGGACUUUGUGUUUGUAAAGGCGCUUGCAAGUUAUUGUCUGCCAUGGAAUCUCCGAGUGACAGAGGGUCUCGGGGCCAUAAAAGAUGAAUGGGCCCAAGAGGAUGAAGAGUGUACCGAGGAGUUCCAGGCAGAUGUGGAGAAAAUUCUAAAAUACUCGAAGGUCAUGUCGUCAAGCAAUGCUGGGUCUCGAUUGUUUGGUGAUGAAGAUCCUUUUGUUAUUGUGAAUUUAGAUGAGGACGUUACUAUGAGUGCGGCCUCGAUGGCCUACUUAGUGCAGCUGAGGAAACUUCGAGAAGACCUGGCUACAGCUUGGGCAAAAAGGGACGAGGCGUUAUUCGAGGUGGUUACCCUCGAGGAGAAAGCUCGCCAAGUUCAUACCAAGGAGGCUGAAAUUGUCAAGGUGCAGGCCAAAUAUGAUGAGGUCGACGAGAAGAUGAAGUCGUUUGCCAGCCUGCAUAUUUCCAAGGAAGAACUUCACCAGUGGUGUACCGCGUUUAGGUAUAAAAUGAUGUCCACAGGGGGAAUGGCCGCAGCCCUCGAGGAGAUGAACUUGGUCGCCACCAAGUGUGGUGCGCACCGAGUUGGCAUGGCAGGGUUGAAGAGGCUCGACCAGGAUAGGCCAAUUAAGGCUAAAUGGUUCAAGCAGUUCCUGGUAAAGGACCCCAAGAAAACCAUGCACGAAGCCAUGGUGAAGGUCUUGACAAGGUUGAGCCUCGAGCAGCUUCCUCUGUGGGCCGCUUUAACCGGUGCCAUGUCCAAAAUGAGUUCUCCUGCGGAGAUUGCCUCGUUUCCGGGCGACGUUCCUGCCUUCUUGGCCAAGGGUCCAAGUGAGGAAGACCCUAUACCCGAGGUACCUGACGAGUAUAUGGGUAUCGAGCUCGAGGACGCUGACGAGGAAACUGAGGAGGACGUUGCUGAUACCGGCCACUCCGGAGUUCAGAGAACCGUUGAGAACGCCUCCCAGGCACCUUCCAAGGACCCUUCCAAUGACCCCUUCCAAGGCAGUGAUGCUGAAAGUUGGACCGUUCACCGCGUUCACCACAUGGUGUUGUCAGAGGAGCAGUCGAGGGAGUUCCCAUUAUAUUCUAUGAUUAGCGGGAUUCUGAGAAGUCGUGCUGAUGUGCACAGCCUCGAGACGGUGGCACAUUUGGAGAAUGACCUGCUCGAUGCCAUGAGGACGCACAAUGUAAAGGUUAACCAGCAUCUGAUAAAUGAGAUUAAAGGACUCCGCGAGGAAAUGCAGCGUCGAGAGGUUCAAAGCUUGAAGGACCACAGUGACUCUCUGAAUUUUGAGGCCGAGAUCCACGAUAAGCUGGUGACCUUGGAGAAGGAAAACGCUCGGCUUAGGGCAAGACAGCAGAUUACUGUGUCCCCCUGGUUUCUCGAGAAGCAUCAAGUGUUAGCUCGAGUCCAGCACAUGAUUAUGGUCAGGACUCGCUGUUUUAUCGCAGCCAUGGAUAUAUUGAAAGAGAGAUCUCGUGAGAUUGAGCUUCUUACAGACUAUAUUGCCCAAUUGCAAAAUCUACUGCUGGAUAACAAUAUUGACUUUGAAGCUUUCGAGCGUCCGGAGGAAACUAUGGAUCCUCGAACUCGGAGUUCUCGAGAGGAGUUGUUGAUGAGGGUGCACGCUCAGGACAUGGAGAUCAUGGACCUUAAGGAUAAAUUGAAUCAGUGUGUGAAUCUCCUUAGCCUGCAUGGGUAUAAGGGCAUUAUUCAUCCCUCCCAUGACAAUCCUGUCAGGGAGGUACUUGUAAUAGUAUAG